AUGUCCGACGACAAGAAGAACGAAGACUACACAAUCGAGCUCGGCGAGCAAAAGCCCAAUGGCGCCUUCGACGCUGCCCCGAGGAUGCCUGCAGCUGCUCCCCCAGCUGCACAAUUGAACAGCCCCGUCAUUGCUAUCCUCGCAUACUGCGGUAGUUCGAUUCUCAUGACCACGACCAACAAAUACGUUCUGAGCGGUCUCGAUUUCAACCUCAACUUUUUCCUCCUCGCCGUACAGAGUGUCGUCUGUAUUGUAGCCAUCCAAUCAUGCAAAUCCGCCGGCAUCAUCACCUACAGAGACUUCAACAGCGAUGAAGCGAAGAAGUGGUUCCCCAUCUCGCUCCUCCUCAUCGGCAUGAUCUACACCUCGACCAAGGCCCUGCAAUACCUGUCCAUUCCCGUCUACACCAUUUUCAAGAACUUGACCAUCAUCCUGAUCGCAUACGGCGAGGUUCUGUGGUUCGGCGGCAACGUCACCGGAAUCGCCCUCUUCUCCUUUGGUCUCAUGGUUCUCUCGUCCGUCAUUGCCGCGUGGGCAGACAUCCAGCACGCUCUUACCAGCCACUCCGGCUCGGCUGCCAGCGACAAGAUCUCGACCCUCAACUCUGGCUACAUCUGGAUGGCCAUGAACUGCUUCUGCAGUGCUGCCUACGUCCUCGGCAUGCGCAAGCGCAUCAAGCUGACCAACUUCAAGGACUUUGACACCAUGUACUACAACAACCUCCUCUCCAUCCCCAUCCUCCUCAUCUGCUCCCUCUUCAUGGAGAACUGGUCCAGCGCAAACCUCGCCCUCAACUUCCCCGCUCCCCAGCGCAACUCCAUCAUCACCGCCAUGGUCUUCUCCGGUCUCUCCUCCGUCUUCAUCUCCUACACCUCCGCCUGGUGCGUUCGUGUCACCUCCUCGACCACAUACUCCAUGGUUGGUGCCCUCAACAAGCUCCCCAUUGCCAUUUCCGGUCUCGUCUUCUUCGACGCCCCCGUCACUUUCGCUUCCGUCAGCGCCAUCGGUGUCGGUUUCAUUUCCGGUAUCGUCUACGCUCUCGCAAAGGUCUGGCAGGGCAAGGGUAACAAGCCCACUCUUCCCACCAGCAUUACUAGCGCUAGCAGCCAGAGCAUGAAGGACAGCUUCAAGUCAUAG